CGGUGAGACGGCGGAUGGGGGGGGGCUCAAUUCUCAGAGGAAGCAGAGUUGGACACGACAUCCUCUGUUUAUCCUGUCAAGUUCCUCAAUUCACUAGUUGGCACCCGUCAGGAUUAGUCCUGGCAUUAGAAAAGUUGCAGACAUGCCAAGUCUAAAGCUGAUAUCUGCGACCGACACUCUGUACUCGGCUGCUAUACUCAAGUCCCUGGAUGAGCAAAGAAGCAUUGGAUUGUUUUGCGAUGUCACCAUCAUCGUACAGGAUAAGAAGUUCAGAGCGCACAAAACCAUCCUUUCCGCCUCUAGUACUUAUUUCCACCAGCUCUUCAGUGUCGCCGGACAAGUGAUUGAGCUGAAUUUUAUACGGCCGGAAAUCUUUGAGCAGAUCCUCAACUACAUUUACAGUUCCAGGAUUGUACGUGUUCGUUCAGACAUGCUGGAAGAGCUCAUACAGGCUGGACAGGUCCUGGGAGUGAAGUUUAUUGCAAAUUUGGGUUCUCCGUUGUCCCAAGUCAAAGGCAUUCCUGGUUUGUCGAAAGAGACGGACGCCAAAAACGACGGGUGCAAUGAGGUUCUGCCGGUAAUCACAGAGUCUUUCUCUAUUUCUUCAGAGGAAUUCAAUCAAAAUGAAAAAAAAGCAGGGAAGGAGGAGGACUCCGACUGUGAUGUUGUGUUUGUCUCACGCACAGACGCUCAAACCCGAGCAGCUGGCGGUGAAGUUAGCGAGGUUAUUGAUUUGGACAAAUUAGACGUAGAAAAUGCAUCCAAAGUGGACGGAAAUGCUCUUGGAAAAGGCGAACCCUCAACUCCUACAACAAACUGUGCUGCGGCGCCUACCAGCAGCUGUCCUAAGUCCAGAGCACCAAUCAGCAGCCCUCUGCGGAGUCCUGAUAGCAGCUCCCACUCCUCUUCCCCUCUCGUAGUUUCUUCUAGAAGCGCUCCCUCAACACCAGCAGGGGCGAGGAGCUUCACUCCAGAGCCCUCCAGCUCCUCUCAGCCGUUUGACAACACUGACAUAAUGGGAGUCCACAAAAAACAAGUGUCCACCCUAUUUCAAGAAGGAGAUGUUAAAAUAAGGCUCUUAGACGUGUCGGACGUCUCUUCUCCUCAAGAGGCUCCCAAAGCAGCCAAUGGAGCAAAACAGACGGUGACGAUCGAUACAGCCACAGAGAUGGAUUCCCUCUCCACAGGCUGUAAAGUUUAUGCUAACAUUGGCGAGGAUACUUAUGACAUUGUCCCAGUGAAGGAGGAUCCCGGUGAAGGAGGCUCAAACGCCAGCGGAGGGAAGAGAUCUUUGAUGGCGACUCCUUUGAAACCCUUCGAUAAACUCCCUUUGACUGAACCGAAUAAGAAGAAGAGCAAAACAGAGCUGGAGGAUCACUAUGAGGUCGUCAUGGAUGGAAAGACCUUCUUCGUCUGCGUGGUCUGUAAGCGCCCCUAUGUGUGUUUGACGAGCCUUCGGCGGCAUUUCAACACGCAUUCGUGGGAAAAAAAGUACCCGUGUCGCCACUGCAACAAAGUCUUUGCCCUGGCGGAAUACAGAACUAAACACGAAAUCCUGCACACAGGAGAGAGACGGUACCAGUGCUUGCUGUGCAAUGACACCUUCCUCAAUUACCAGCUGCUAUCCUCCCACUGCAAGCAGGCGCACAAUCAGGACCCUAGUGGCAAGAAGGAGAAGGACGACAGUGACAACAACCUGUACCGCCUGCUGCCAUCCAGGAAGAAGAUGAAGUCGUACUCGUGGGUUACCGACGAGUCGAUGGUCCCCGUCAUAAACGACGAUGGAGGUUUGCCUCAUAUAAGUACAGUCGGUGAGGCUAUGAACCCUUCCACCCAAGGCAGGGUGCUGACUUGGGAUGAGCUCUUCAAGGCCAACGUGCCGCCGGACGCACAACCAGGGUCCAACAUGAGCUCUCCUCCGCAGGGCGCCACAGAGUUUGAGUAUAUUACACCAGAGACCUACUGAGCUACAGUCAUUACAUGCCUUUCAGGUGCUUCUAUCAUUUUACCGUUUUACAUCAACUUUUAUUUUCUAUAUUUGUUGAUGGUCACUUAAGGUACGGUUGAGUUAGUGUACAUUUUUUUAGCAUCUUCCAGCAGGAACAGCACUUCCAUCUGUCGGGUCCACUUCAGUAAGGGGCUCUUAAUACAGUAAAACACUUUUUUAGAUUAACUGAAGGUGAAGUAAGAUGUAGUUAUUGGUAGUUUGUUAGAAGAGAAACGCAACCCUUUUAUUGUAUUCCAAAUUGUGCUGCGAAAGCCUUAAUCCAGUAGGUUAUUGGAUUUAUUUAAUAAGAUUUGGGGUUAAAAGAUAAACAGAUGAAAUUAUUUAGUUUGUAUUCUGUUUAGAAGCACUAAAUGAUAAGUUAGUUAUCAAUUUGACUUUGUCAAAAGACGAGAUUAAGAAAAUGACUCUUAUUUUGAAAUGAUGCCUUUUAGGCAUGAAAAUGAACCAGUGUUGGAUUAUAAAAAUACAUCAUGAAGUUAUAACUUUUAAACUAUGAGAAUUUUUUGGGGGUUUAACAUCAAAUGCAAAAUUAUUCUCAAUGUUCUUUUUUUUCUUCUCGUUUAAUCAUGAAUUAGACUCUACGGCCUAAAACUGAUUCAGUAAAAUAUUACUGAACAGAAACAGGAUUAUUUAUUGAAAUGCUCUGAAACCUUUUUUUCGUGGCACUUUUUUCUUUUUCUUUCGGGGUUUAAUUACUGAAUUCAUUUUUCUAAGUAAUCAUGCAGUUUCUCAAACCAUGUCAUUAUUUUUCACCAUAUAUGUUGUUUUGUCUGCAUUGCUAUCCAGCUUCUGUUUAAGAAUGUGAACUUUGUUAAGAAAUAUAUUUUUUUAUCCAGCCCCUGUUCCAGCUGAGGCAGGGACAACGUGCAGUCAAUAAAUUUCAAGUGGCUUAAAAAAACA